AGCGAUAAUCGCGCAGUAUUGCUCUUAUGGAGAUUCCGUACGGUAGUUCAGUUUUACUCCGAGCGUCUGACGCUAGCGGCUCUAGCGUCUCCAGCGGCAGACGCAAGUUCUACUGCUCUCGGACCAGUUGUAGACGCGAGAGACGCGCGGCUGUAGUGAUUUUUAACAUUUUGUGAGCAAUUAGUGACUCGAAAAAACCGAAUAAUAUUUACGUUUUCUUGUGAAGAGGACGAUAAAUUGAUUGAGGCGGUAGCUUCACACCCUGCGCUCUACGAUUUGAAGCAUGAGCUCUACAAAGAUCAGCGGGCCAAGGACAAAAUUUGGGUGAUUAUUGGAAAUGCACUAGAACGAUCCUUCAUCCUUUCGAUUGGAGAAUAUCCAAUAUGGUUACCAAUAAAUAAAAAAUACUUCCAUCCUUCAUUUCCUCAUACAUCAUCCACUUCAAAAUACACUUCAUCCUCUUACGAGAGAGACUCAUUUUCACAACACAGAAGCACAACACAACACUAGCAAUACUGUCAGGAUUUUACAGUCGCGGACGCUAAAGUCUGAAGUGGAGCAAAAUAGCCUCGCGAUCAUCGUUCGGCGUCUAGCGUCAGACGCUCCGAGCAAAACGUACCUUAAUACUAUUAUUCGAGUGAAGUGAUGGGCUUUCAAACUCGUACUGGUGAUCUUUCAAACGGAGAAAAGUAAUAAGAUGGGACAUAAUACAAUUUGGAACGUUCAUAUAACAAUUACAGGAAUGCAAUGCUGCGAAUUUGUAUACAAAGUAAUAGGUACCAGAGGAAACAUCUACGGAAACUUUAAAUUGUUAUAUUCCAUGGUAAUACUCAUUCAAUUUGACAAUCAAGUCAGUUAUUAUAAACGAGAUUGAGAAUCAAGAAAUCAAAAAAGUUAUAAGGUAUUCCUUCAAGUUGCGUUCACACUAAAGCUGUGAACAAAAUGUUCAAGAAAGUUUUCUACAAAAAAGUUAUCAAUUUUUGGUAAAAAAAGUUGCUGUUCUCAAAUGUAGGACAACAAAAGUUGUCAAUUUUUUGCCCAGAAAGCGUAGUCGGUGUGACUUGUAGAGAUUUUGUUGGCGUCUAUCUUGGUAUUUCCCACACCGAGUGGAAAACAAAACUUUUUUGGAAAAAUCUUCCUUUGCUUUUUUAAAAAUUGCCGGGAUUUGUUAAAAACUCAGUUGACAACUCUCUGGUGUAAGCGGUGUAAACGUCAGCUUUCCCCCCUCCCUCCUUGGAAUAGUUGAAGAAAAGAUACUGAGACUUUUAUAAUCAUGUAGUGAAGCUAAAGAAAACCACACACAAGGAAAAAGCGUCCGAGGUUCUGAGGUACUACUCUACUAAUUAUUUUCUAAGCCACUGAGAUACUGGGAAUAUUCUAAUUUUGUGAAUAUUCAAUCACAGUUAAAUCAUUCCUGUUAUGGAACUUAGUCCUGCUUAUUUGGGGCAUGGCGAAGAAGUGGAAAUCGGCUUUGUUUGUUUGCCAACUACAAGUUUCACACCUUCUGCACACACCACAUUGGUUCCCAAAUUACCAUCAUCAUGACAUCAAGGCUAAUAUUUUCCAUAGGAUUGAUGGAAAUUGAAUGAGCUUUGCACACUAGAGGAAUUUUAUUUAUGCAAUCAUCAAUUUUUCUCCUGAAAUCCAACAUUAUGCUCCUUGGGCACAAAUUUCUUUGUACGCUCAAAAGUUCUUAACUCUGAUGGACUCAAUUUUAGCGCAUGCCUGAUAUAAUUUUCUUUAUGUAAAAUAUCACUUCUCACUUCAGGUAGAUAGAAACACAACCACAAACGAGUAAAUUUGUAGGUGGUUUAGUAGGUGUAGUGAGGGGAAAUUAUUCUGCUGUGGGAAUUUCCCUGAUGCAGACUCGCGCAUCCAGUGCGCUUCUCGCAGUUUCAGUGAUGUUCCGCCCUUUCAACCGUCAACAUUACAUUCAGUACCGUACCGAGUACUUUGAACUUACGAGAUAGCGGGAGACUAAAAGUCAGUUCAGUUGCCAUGACGUUUCAGCCAGCCAUGAAAAUUUAAGUCUCCUCUACAAAUGAGCAGUGUGGAUCCGUUGUUGGAUAAUACACAGACUUCGAGUAUUUUCCUUGAGAAUAGCAGCAGCAGCAGCAGCAGCAUCAGGUUGAAUGGGACAAACGAAGAUGCGUUUUUCGAUUACGACUACCCGAGCCUGGAGGUGGUCGAGCCUCCGAUCCAGGUGGCACUGGUCAUCCUUUUCUCGGUCACCGCCACACUCAGCCUCAGCGGAAACGUCACUGUCAUAAUCGUCCUCAGUCUCGGCAAAAGAUCAUCGAGUGAUCUGAAGGCGUUUCUCAUCAAUCUUGCAGUGUCAGAUGUUACAAUGGCAGCCUUUUCAAUCCCCUUCACGUAUACAAUGUUUUUACUGGGUCGAUGGAUUUUCCCUCCAUGGUUUUGUCCUGUAGUGAUGACCAUGCAGCAUGUUUCAGUGAUUGUGUCUGUUUACACGCUAAUGGCUAUUGGCAUUGACAGGUAUAAAGCUGUUAUGUAUCCGCUGAACUUGAGAGCCAGAAAGUGCCGCAACAAACUUAUUAUUGCAGCCAUUUGGAUUAUGGCCGGGUCCGUAUCAGCAAUACAGCUCUACGUCUCCGAAGCAAAGCCUUUCAAAUAUGAUCGACAAUGGCACUAUGAAUGCAGUGAGCAGUGGACGUCGGAAGACCAUAGCAAGAUAUAUACCGUAUUUAUAUUUUCGUUCACAUUCGGGAUUCCUCUGAUUGGGCUGGCUUACACGUACACUUCGAUCGCGUGGCGCAUGUGGAAGCGCUCGUCACCAGGAAACGCAGAUCCCGAUCGAGACAUGGUCCAGCUCAAGUCCAAGAAAAAGGUCAUAAAGAUGCUUUUCACCAUCGUUAUUCUCUUCACCCUGUUCUGGCUACCUCUACAAACGUUCGUUGUCCUUUUCUACUUUGUGCCCGACUUUGGGAAUCUUCUGACUGAGCAACAGAGAAGAAUCUACGCACUCUCCUACUUUGGAUGUCUGUGGCUCGCCAAUGCCAAUAGCUUCGUCAAUCCACUCGUCUACUGUUUCAUGAGCGAUAACUUUAGGGCGGACCUGAAAGACCUGUCAGUACGUCUGUGUGGACACGAGAAGAUCAAUCGAUUCCGAGGAAGCACUGCAAGUGGAUCAACUCGUACGACAAUAUGCCUCACCCAACACACGCCUACUGAUUCAUUGAGGCCUUACAAGUCGAAGUUGUACACUCAAGAGGCGGCUGAUCACCGAACAGCGCAAGCGCAGUGUCACAGUUCACGGAAGAAUAGCAUAACAACUACGUUGUCAUUUCUCUGAGCUUAUUGAAUAUUGAAUAUGAUUAGAUGUAUUUCAACUUAUCGGAGUAUUUUUACUUAAUAAAUCGUUAUUCAUGAAUAAAUUUUUUCUUGAAUUAUUCGAUCUA